AGGACAGUUUUCUCCGGACCCGGGGUACCAGUGGCCGGCGUGAUGCGCGUGGCUGUGAUUGGAGCGGGAGUCAUCGGACUGUCCACAGCCCUCUGCAUUCACGAGCGUUACCACCCGACACACCCACUGCACGUGAAGGUCUAUGCGGAUCGCUUCACGCCCCUCACCACGAGCGACGUGGCCGCUGGCUUUUGGCAGCCUUAUCUCUCCGACCCCAGCAACCCGCAGGAGGUGGAGUGGAACCAGCAAACUUUUGACUACCUGCUGAGCCACCUCCAUUCUCCCAACGCUGAGAAAAUGGGCCUGGCCCUAAUCUCAGGCUACAACCUCUUCCAGGAUGAAGUUCCGGACCCUUUCUGGAAAAACACAGUUCUGGGAUUCCGGAAGCUGACUCCCAGAGAGAUGGACAUGUUCCCUGAUUAUGGCUACGGCUGGUUCAACACAAGCCUCCUUCUAGAGGGAAAGAGCUACCUGCCAUGGCUGACUGAGAGGUUAACUGAGAGGGGAGUGAAAUUCAUCCAUCGGAAGGUGGAGUCUCUCGAAGAGGUGGCAAGAGGCGGCGUGGAUGUGAUUAUCAACUGCACCGGGGUGUGGGCCGGGGCUCUGCAAGCAGACGCCUCCCUGCAGCCAGGCCGGGGCCAGGUCAUCCAGGUGGAGGCCCCUUGGAUAAAGCACUUCAUCGUCACCCAUGACUCCAGCCUUGGCAUCUACAACUCCCCGUACAUCAUCCCAGGUUCCAAGACAGUUACGCUCGGAGGUGUGUUCCAGCUGGGAAACUGGAGCGAGUUAAACAGCACCCGUGACCACAAUGCCAUCUGGAAGAGCUGCUGUAAACUGGAGCCCACCCUGAAGAAUGCAAGAAUUGUGGGUGAACUCACUGGCUUCCGGCCAGUCCGGCCUCAGGUCCGGCUAGAAAGAGAACGGCUUCCUUUUGGAUCUUCAAGUGCAGAGGUCAUCCACAACUAUGGUCACGGAGGUUACGGGCUCACAAUCCACUGGGGUUGCGCAAUGGAGGCAGCCAACCUCUUUGGGAACAUUCUAGAGGAAAAGAAGCUGUCCAGGACGCCUCCAUCCCACCUCUGAGGACUCUAGUGACCACCACUUGCCCCAAGAUGACAUCCCAACCCCUUCAGCCAGUUGAUACACUCCUUGAUGAUCCCCUUUCCCCACUCCCUCCCCAGCCCCUCCCCGCCCAUCCCCCAGUCCCUCCCCAGCUCCACCCCUGGCUUCCGCUGGCGAAGGUUUGAAGGAUCAUGCUGCUCCCUCCAGUCAUCCAUCCGCCUCUGCCUAGUCCUUCUAGUGCAGUGAUGCUGCCCGGUUCUAACCAAGGCUGGGUGAGACAGGCAGCUCUACGGCCAUGAUGCAAUUCUUUUCACGCCAGAACGACUGUACUAAAGCUGGUUGUACUGGGUGGCAGGGUCCGCGCUCAGUCUGAUAAGGAGCGGUCGCGAGUCUUUUGCUUAGAACUCUUGACGAAUGAUUUAGAACACACUUCAUGUCUAUCUGUAGUGAUGAGAGGAGGGAUGGGAAGAGGAGGAGGAGGGAGAGGAAAAGGAGGACUCCCUCCUUGGCGCUCCAGGGUCAACAUUAUUAAAACAUUGGAUAUCUGAACGCUCUUCAGGAUUGAUCCUAAGACAAGCCUUCCUUCGUUCUCACUACUUCAGGACCCACUGUGGUCUUGAGGAGACUUGCUUUAGCUUGUAUGUGUGAGAAGAGGGGAAAAUGGGAGAGAGCAUGACUCAGGCUCUGGAGCAGGCUAGGUUAAGCGCUCUACCACUGAGCGGAACUCUGUCCUCUUGAGGCCUGAAAUCCAAGAAGCCUAUCACCUCGGGUGCAGUGAAAAUCUUUUUAGCCCUUGUUAACGUAUCAUAUCUUGUCUGUGUAUGUGAGU